AUGUUUUCCCCCUUCACCCUCCUCCUCACAACCACCAUCACGGCCGCCGCGGCCACCCCCCUCCUCCCGCGCGCCGGCCGCACGUCCCCCCCAGAAGGCUGCCUCACAGUCGGCGGCUCCGGCACCUACAGCACCCUCCAAUCCGCCGUCAACGCCCUCUCCCCCUCGACCACCACAGCCCAAUGCAUCUUCAUCUACGCCGGCACCUACAAGGAACAAGUCUCCAUCACCACCGCCCUCAAAUCCUCCCUCACCCUCUACGGCGAAACCCCCGACACCUCCUCCUACACCGCCAACACCGUCACCAUCACCCAAUCCAAAUCCCAAGACGACGGCGUCGGCAACGACGAGACUGCCACUUUGCGUGCGCACACCACCGACUUCAGCGUGUACAACAUCAACCUGGUCAACACGCGCGGCCAGGGCUCGCAGGCGCUGGCGCUCAGCGCCCAGGCGGAUCGGCAGGGGUACUAUGGGUGUCAGUUCCGCGGGUUCCAGGACACGGUGUUGGCCAACGAGGGGGCGCAGGUGUAUGCGAAGAGUUAUAUUGAGGGGGCGACGGAUUUUAUUUUUGGGCAAAGGGGUAAGGCGUGGUUUGAUGGGGUGGAUAUUCGGGUGGUGGCUGCGUCGGUGGGGUAUAUUACUGCUAGUGGGAGGGAGAGUGCGGACGAUGGGUCGUGGUAUGUGAUUAACAAGUCGACGGUGGCGGCGAAGAGUGGGGAUAGUGUGGGGGAUGGGGUGUAUUAUUUGGGGAGGCCGUGGCGGGAGUAUGCGAGGGUGGUUUUCCAGAAUACGGACUUGUCGAGUGUGAUUAAUGGGGCGGGGUGGAAGGUGUGGAAUGCUGGGGAUGAGAGGACGAGUGGCGUGGAGUUUGGGGAGUUUGGGAAUACGGGAGCUGGCGCGCAGGGAACAAGGGCGAGCUUCUCGGAGAAGUUGGCGCAGGCGGUGGGUAUUGAGACGGUGUUGGGGUCUGGGUAUGCGGAUUGGGUGGAUGCUGAGUAUUUGUCGUAG